CGAGAUUGCUGUUCACAGAGAGAGAGCAUGGGCAAGGCGAAGCGAAGCACCGCAGCGGCCAGCAAGAAGUCGGACGACCGCAUCCGCAUCGAGUACGACAAGGCGGCGUUCGCGACGCUCUUCAACCAGAUGAGCGGCAACCUCGCGCGCGAGUUCCCGGGUAUCGCGACCUCGGGGAAGAGCUUCCCGCUGCCGCCGACCAAGUCCAAGUGGGUCAAAAUCGUCUUCUUCGUCCAGGUCGUGCUCGUUAUCGCCAUCAUGUUUGGCGAGACUAUCGUUGAGAAGCUCGAGCUCGACCUGGCGCCCGUCUAUUUGCAAAAGUACCGUGAAAACAAGUUUAUGGCGCUGCCCAUCGUCAUGAUGCUCUCGCCCGUGCGCCAAAUGCUGAGCAACACGGGCGCGUUUGAAGUCUACCUCAACGAGGAGCUCGUCUUCUCGAUGCUCGAGACGCGGUCGCUUCUGACGUUUGAGAACCUCAAGACGAUCCUCGCCGACAAGAACAUUUUGCCCAAGAGCGCCAAGUAGAUGUCGUAGCCAGUCGAGACUGCGCAUGUGGCUGGUUCAUGCAGUAGCUGCACAUCAGACUUGAACUAGACGGCUUGACUCCAUGUAGCUUCAGAACAAAGAACGCCUCGCAUUGCGUCAGGUAGCGGUGGCCCCAUCGU